ACAAUUCUUCUAUCUGCCAUCGAUCGACAACUCAACUUCCAUGUAGUAAAAAAUCAAAUCAAAAUCCAUAUAACUUUGACUGUAUCCUAAGAUUAAUUAAUAUUACUGAUACUAUUUGUUUAACUUUAUUUAAUGCUGAUUUUUUUAAGAAAAUAAAUUGAUACAAUGGGCGACGUUAUCAAAAACGUUGUAUCAUCAGUAUUUUCUCCUGAAUGUUACGAAGAAUAUUUUACGAAGUUUAACUUUCUUGACGUACCAUGUUUCAAAGCGACGUUGAGUAAAGGACUUGGAAUUGGUAUUAUUGCUGGCUCAAUAUUGGUGAAAGUGCCACAAAUUCUAAAAAUCUUAAACAGUAAAAGUGCUCAGGGCAUUAACUUUUAUGGAGUUUGUUUAGAACUAUUUGCGAUUACUGCCAAUUUUGCAUAUAGUUAUGUUAUGAACUUUCCCUUCAGUGCAUGGGGUGAAGGAACAUUCCUAGCUAUUCAGACUGCAAUAAUAGCAGCACUUGUUUUACAUUACGGAGGUACACCUGGGAGGGCAGCUGCAUUCUUAGCAUUGUAUGUCGGACUUGUGUCAACCCUAAUUAGCGGAUAUACUCCUACAGAUAUAUUAUGGUCAAUGCAAGCUGCAACUGUACCCAUAAUUUUAGUAGCAAAGGCAAUCCAAGUUAUCACAAAUUACAAAAAUGGUAGCACAGGUCAAUUAUCAGCUGUCACCUGUCUACUUCUAUUUGGUGGCAGUGUAGCUAGAAUUUUCACUUCAAUUCAAGAAACUGGAGACUUUAUCAUUAUUCUUACAUUCUGUGUAUCAACAGCCGCCAACGGUGCAUUGGUAUUACAACUGUUUUGGUAUUGGAAUGCAGACAAAACCAACAAAAAUAAGAACAAGAAAAAGAAGAAGCAUGCAUAAAAUAUCGUAAAUGUUUUAGAACAAAAUUAUUAUAAUUUAUAUAUAAAUUAUGGUAGGUAAAAAUAAAAGAGGUCAUAUUUUA